GGGAAAAUGGCAAUAGGAGUCAGGGCUGGCCAUGGAUCCCCCUGGGGCAUGCCCUGGAGAAUGGUAAGAAAAUGACUUAAAGAGAAAAAAAUCUAUUUUAGUUAUUAAUUUUUUUUGGUGUGUUAAGUACAUGGGUUCAACCUGUGUCCUUCCCUCCCCAUCAACCCAAGACACAUCCUCUAGCUGCCACUCUAAUGAGGAUGGCCUCUUCCCUCCUCCAUGAAGCCCUAUCACAGAUACUUCCCAGCUCUGGUGUGACACUGGCCCCAUGCUGAUAGGUCUCUGCACAUUUUAGUUCUGGCUAUAAGCUUAUUCCUAACUGGGGUGGGCAGAUAGGAUUUGAGGAUGAGUGGGGUUUGGCUGCAUCCACUUGCAUCUCUAGUCAUGAAUAGCAGGGAAGAGGCGGGGCUCAUGUGUAAUGUAGCAUCAGAGGGAGGAAUCGCUUAUGUAACUGGGACAACAGAUUUAGCAGGUAGAGGAGGCAGAGGCUUUGGAUGGGAACAGUAAGCUGUCGGCAGGGGCAACAUGCCCGGGUGGUUGCUUCUCAUAAGCAGGGUGGCAACAUCCAGGGUCCCUGGGUCCGAGGCUGGAAGAGCCUCUGGUCAGGUGUGGGAACUACCAGGUCAGGUCUGGAAGAGCUGUGGGGACUACGGGGGCAUCAGUGCCUACACCAGGAGCCCCUGGAGCCGACCCCGUUGCUAAUAGAGAAGCCUCUGUCUGAGUGGCCAGUGCCUCAGUUCGUCAACCUUUUUCUGCCGGAGUUUCCCAUUAGGCCUCUUACAGGGCAUCACCAGCUGAAGAUUUUAGGACUUGUGGCUAAAGGCUCCUUUGGAACAGUCUUCAAGGUGCUAGAUUGUGACCAGAAAGCAGUAUUUGCAGUGAAGGUGGUGUCCAAGGUAAAGGUCCUACAGAGGGACAUCCUGAGGCAGUGCAAAGAGGAGGUUAGCAUCCAGCGACAGAUCAACCAUCCUUUUGUACACGGUUUGGGGGACAGCUGGCAGGGAAAACGACACCUCUUCAUUAACUUCUGGUCCUUUGCAGUGUGCAGCUACUGCAGUACAGAUCUGUGCUCCCUGUGGUCCUCUGUUGGCUGCUUGACUGAGGCUUCCAUCCGCCUCUUUGCUGCUGAACUGGUUCUGGUGCUGUGCUAUCUCCAUGAUUUGGGCAUCAUCCACCGAGAUGUGAAGAUGGAGAAUAUCCUUCUGGAUGAACGAGGCCAUGUGAAACUGACAGACUUUGGUUUGUCCCGCCACCUGCCCCAGGGAGCCCGAGCCUAUACUAUCUGUGGCACCCUUCAGUACAUGGCCCCAGAGGUCCUGAGUGGAGGGCCUUACAACCAUGCUGCUGACUGGUGGUCCCUGGGUGUCUUGCUUUUCUGUCUGGCAACUGGGAAGUUCCCAGUGGCUGCAGAGAGGGAUCAUGUGGCCAUGUUGGCAAGUGUGACACACUAUGAUUCUGAGGUCCCAGCUUCUCUUAACCAGGGGCUCUCACUCCUGCUCCAUGAGCUCUUAUGCCAGAAUCCCCUCCACCGUCUACGUUAUUUGCAUCACUUCCAGGUCCACCCUUUCUUUCGGGGUGUGGCCUUUGACCCAGAGCUCCUACAGAAGCAGCCAGUGAACUUUGUCAUGGAGACACAAGCUACCCAGCCCAGUCCAUCGGAGUCCAUGCUUUUCAAGAACUUUGACUGUAACCUGGAGUCCUACCUGGUCCAUCCCAGCCUUGCUUGAGCCCCUCUACUGUAGACUGGGGCCUGAGAACCCAAGGAUCUCCUCCACUGCCAACUCAGUAUGACCACUUUGAUGAUCUAGUUUGUUUUUACUCUGUAGCCUCUUACUAUUCUGUUGUUCUACUUGUUGGACCAGAGUUCAAAUCUUGCGCAUUCUGCUAUUGGCAGCCACAAUUGGCCCUACCCCUCCCUACUCCCUAAUACAACCCACCUCUCAAUUCAA